AUGGCGUCGGUGCAUCGGUUGAAAUGCCGGCAUAUUGACAUAAAAGACUCCUGUGGGUGAGAAAAUACUGAAAUGCACAUCGAAAAUUCUCUUUCUAAUUGUUUAGUGAUUUUUGAGCAAAUACGAGCCGUUAUAAAGCUAUCAUAGCACUCAAAGUUGACGGAAUAGGCUUACUUUAUCGAUCCCGAAUUUCCAACAGUAGCCAGAUGUCGCAAAACAAAAGCAGAGAGGAGGGAGAGUGUACUGGCGAGGUAUCGGAAUCGACCAAUUUAGUUUCGAGGUACAAGUUGUUUAAGAAGAUUGUGUCAGCAGAAUAAUAUCAGAGGAAGGCUGAAGAUUGUGAGGAAAGGAAAUAUGACGGACAGUACCGGAAACAUCAACGUGGGUUUGGUCAUCGGUGUCUCAGUUAGCGGUGCGGUCAUCACUGGCGUCGUGGCGACACUGAUCAUCGUCUGCUGCUGUUGCAGGAAACGUGGGUACACGUUUUUGCGCAGGCUCACUUCUGGAAGACAGGUAAUGGUUAUUGACAGAGACGAAGAAUGUGCUAACAGAAUAGAUAUACUACCUCACAUGAAGAUUGCCGACAUCAAGACCGAGCUCAGUGGCUCGGAAACUUUAGAGGUAGAGAAAAUGAGACUCCUCUACCAUCACGACGAACUGGGAAACGAUGAAAAUGUCGAUAUCGCAUUGUCUCGCAGACGAGCCAAAACCGCGAAAAUCACCCUGCAAAAACUGAUAAAAUUGACCAUCGAUGCUACUCCAGACAGAACGUGUGAGCUAUACGUUUCACCUCAACACGAUACGGUGGGAUCGGCCGCGGAAAUAGUGGCUUCUUCCUUGCGUAUAAACCAGGAACAUGUGAAGUUCGAGAAGCCAGACAAUGGAGGAGAUAUAUUAGAGUCCGAUUCUACAUUUGAGACCUGUGGAAUUAAAAGCGACACUCGUCUAAAACUUAUGCCGAUAACGACCACAGCUAAAGUGUUUUCACGGGAGGGGAAAUUUCAAGAAGAAAUUUGGAAAUGCAGCCCUUUAUCUACCGUUACCCAUUUAUUUGAGAGCAUUCAGAAUACUGUUGAUCCGGAUAAGCAAGCUCUUGAUAUACGCCGAGCGCGAAGACGAUAUUUUUCUUCCCCACAAAAAUGCGAGCAGGAUUCUAUGACUGUGCAUGUGCCAGCUAAUGACACUUGGGUGAAUGCAGACGAAAUAGCACAGGACGAAAUCCACACCCACGCUCAAGGUGUCUUCAUUAUAGAAGAACUGAUCACCGUAAGUGUUGAAUUUCCCGGUGGAAAAAUCAUGUCUUGCAAAGUUUAUCCCUGUGACCGGAUAAAAGACCUCAGAGAAAACAUCAGCAAGAGGAAGAACAUUCCAGUAAAGUAUUUGGAGUUGCUCCUGAAUGCGGGCGAUGCUGAAUGCUUGGAUGACACGAGGUUCAUUUUCAAUUGCAAUAGGGAUAAGUUAUAUGUGAAACCGGUAAUAGUUGAUUUGUUGACGGACAUAGGUUUGAUACAUCAAGAAUGCGAUCCAACUGGCACCGUGAAAGAUUUAAAAGAAAUAAUGCGGCGUGUUGAACCCAGGGCCAUUCUCAACACCACGCACUUUAUCGUUAAAGAGUUCGUUUCGACAGAGGAUUUGAAAGAAAGGCCCCAGCACGAGGAACACGAGGAAAAUACACCUCUGUGUUUGGUACGCAAAGUCCACAUAUCCCACAAUAAGAAAAUCCAUGUUAUUUUCCCCAGUGGUCGUGACGAAAUCAUCAAUUGCCACUUGACUAUGACCGUCGGUCAAUUUCGACAGACACUUCACGAAAAGACCCGAUGUCCUCUUCACCAUCUUCAGUUAUCAACGUCAGACGAUCAACCAAUGAGAGACGAGGAUUUGGUCUCGGAUUAUAAAUUGCUGGACGAGGAUAAAAUUAAAGUAGCAGCGAUUCCAGUUUGGGUGACCAUUGACGAUGAGAGAAUCGAGUUUCAGCGAGACGCCCUCCUGAGCGUUGAAACUACAGCAGACGACAUUUGCGCUCAGCGUGAUGCGGUGGUUGGAUGUCUGGAGUAUUUCCAUGAGAAGCAGAAUUUGUGGAGAGCGGCAGACGAUAACGUCAGGUCUCUUCCCUUACACUGCUUCAGAGAAUUAAAAAUACGGACUCUAAAAACUCCCCUAUCAGAGUCCACGUAGUUUUUAAUGAUCAAAAUGAUCAAAACUAAUUGUUUAGAAAUUAAUUUUAGUUAAUUAAUUAGUAUACUGUAUUGAAUAAUUAUAAAAGAAGAAGGGAUUUUAUUUUAAUCAGUGACGUAUUGAGAAUGAUGGUACAAAUAUAUGAAGCAGGAUGACGAUGAGUUUCAUAUCCGCACGCCCGCACGCACACAGCUUCACGCUACUGUAGGCUUAGCGCGGUGAUAAAAUUUCAAGAUAAUACGUAGCAAGGCACAAAUUCUGAUUAAAUGAGGGGGGAUUCCACAUUGGUUUCGAUUGGUUUUGAUCCAGUUGGUUUCUCCAGUGACAUGUUGUUUUACACAAUAGAUAACGUACAUAAAACGGAUGAAUGAAAAGGCUGUACAUUUUACAUCAUAACAAGAUCGAAAACAAUAUGUGCAUGAUCUUUGAAAGCAAACAUUGUAAGCGUCCUCAUUCAGAGAAUUCAGUCGAUAAAAUAAAUACCCUAAUGCCUCAUGAAUACAAUCCAGCUCACGCAAUGUGACAACUAAAUUCAAUUAUUGGGUACGGGUUAGCAUUAGGGCCACAAAUCGCUCGAAAUAUUGAUAUUUCUAUAAACAUCUUUUCUAAGCACUUACUCCGGUGAUUCGUAUUAACCAGGGAAUUCAGAUUUCAGUCAACAUGGAUCAUAUCGUACUUAAUUGAACUUAAAGAUUAAAUUGCACAGAGCUCGAGCAAUCAGACAUAGAUAAAGGGCGAUAGAAUUGCGAUAGAGGCGCGUGAUGUGUUCAUUGCAAUUGUUGUGGAAAUAUAACAUUUGCCUAGUGCUCUCCCUAUAAAUAAUUAAAUAAACAGACAUGCAAAGAAAGAAAGAAAGAAAAAUAAAAUAAAGUAACCAUAGCUAUCAUGGAUGAUUUAUGGGAGGCAAAAAAUACAUUUGAUUCUUUUUGUCUUUUAUACACAAAUAAAUCUUUUGGAUAACUUGACAUAAGAGUACAAAGAGAACAAUAUAAGACACAAUGAGAGCUCUUAGGUUUUUAGCAAAGCACGUUAUCUGUAGUGCCUUUGAUGUUCAAGUGGCCAAAGAGCGGCAAGACUCAUC